GCCUAUACGUCCAAAAACAGCAUCAUGGUCAAAGACAAGUCAGAGAAGAGGGAUAAGAAGAAAGUCAAAGAGGUAACUGAAACCGUCACCGAGGUCCCGGAGGACGUUGAGAUGGAGGAUACCGAUGCUGUCAAGACAGAGAAGAAGGCGAAGAAAGAGAAAGAGGAGAUAGUCGUUCCUUUGGAGGACCUUUCCCCAAUAGCACAUCCACUUGCGCAGAAAAAGCUUGUGAAGAAGCUACACAAAACUAUCAAGAAGGCAUCAAAACAGCGGCAGGUCAAGCGAGGUGUGAAGGAGGUCGUAAAGGGCAUCCGUAAAGGAGAGAAGGGGCUGCUUGUUCUUGCUGGCGAUAUCACACCCAUCGACAUCAUUUCACAUCUCCCUGUCCUAAGCGAAGAGGCAGGAAUACCCUACGUGUUUGUGACGUCGAAGGAGGAGCUCGGACACGCAAGCGCGACGAAGCGACCAACAAGUUGCGUCAUGGUAUGUCCUGACGCGAAGAAGAAGGCGAAGCGGAAAGAGGGGGAGAAGGACGACAAGGAGGACGACUACCGGGAAUUGUACGAGGAGUGCUGUCGAGAAGUCGAAAAGCUGGACCAAAAGCUGCUGCUAUGAUCACGUCUUAGUGUCCGCCUUGCUUUCAUGCUACGUGUCUGCCCCCUGCUGUAUUCUCUAAUUUCAUGAUAUUACUUGUCGUUGUACGACAAACG